AUGGCUUCUUGUACUAUCAGCACUGGCGAGACAGAAUACGAUGGAAAGGCCUUUGUGCUUCAUUCGGACAGUGGUACUAGCCGUGUGGCUUGUGGUUUGUUGGGACCUGCUGGAGCCAUGGUGGAUGGUGGCGGCGACCCCCCCGACGCCGAAUGUUCCCAGUUACAAAGUGUACCAACAAGCCACCAUGCAUUGCACCCAUUCCAGGUGUCGACACUCAAGUUUAGCGGGUCGGUCGUUGUUUUCGCCGACACUUCCGAUGGAACCACUGUUGGAUACGGUGGCCACGUCAUGGGGCUAGAACCAGGGCUUUUGGCCUCUGAUUGCCCUGCCACCAAUGGAUGUGGUGUCCACAUUCACUCUGGUAUGGGAUGUGAAGACUCUGCUGCCCAAGGCGGUCACUACUUUGCCGACCCCAUCAUGACAGAUCCUUGGAUUACUGCCCAAUAUUCUUCUGAUGCCGAAGGUAGCACCACCUUUGGUGCCUCGCUCGAAAUGGGAACUGUGGACUUGGAAGGUCGUGCCUUUGUGGUUCACGCCGAAGAUGGUUCUCGUGUCGGAUGCGGUAUCUUGAGCAAGGUGGAGAGCCACCUCGGAGCCGGUUUGGCAUCCCUUGGUGAUUCUUCUGCCAUGGGAAGUGUCACGGCUCUGCCCGUCGCCGAUACCGAUCUUAUCUGUUACAUGGGAUACGCCAUGAAUUUGGAACCUGAUCUCUCUGCCUUUUAUGCUCCCCACCAAGGUCCCAACUGCACUGCCACCAAUGGUUGUGGAACCCAUGUCCACGCUGGAACCAGCUGUGACUCCACCGAAACCCAAAUGGGUCACUAUGGACUCUGA